AUGACCUCUCUGACAAUCUGCAAAAUCCCCGAUGGCACAGGUGGCUGCAUGGACAUUGUUGGAGGACAUGAAGUGCAUCCUCAUUCCUUGCCUUAUAUGGCUGCUAUCUGGGACAAGAAUUUAGGUGUUUUUUGUGGAGGAAUUCUAGCAGUUGUUCUUGGAGCUCAUUGGACAUCCAUUCCUGAAGAAGAACAGCAGAUAUUUGGGAUUAUGGAAACCUUUCCUCAUUGUCAGUUUGACCACCCUUCCUUUGAUAAUGACAUAGUGCUCCUCAAGCUGAAUGAUACUGUCAAGCUGAAUAAAUAUGUGCAACUUUUGCCUCUGCCUGACUUUUCUGAAGAUGUUGAACCUAGCACAUUCUGCCAGAUGGCUGGCUGGGGAGACACAUCGCCAGGAAAGCCAUUGAAAUAUCUGGAAGAAACUCUUAAAAUUGUCAGUAGAAAAAGCUCUGACAAACAUUAUGCCAGUGACCCAAAAAUAACCAACAACAUGUUGUGUGCUACAGGGAAAAAUAAAUUAUAUCUGAGUGAUACUUGUGAGGGAGAUUCAGGCGGGCCAUUAAUCUGUGCUGGUCAGUACCGUGGGAUUGUUUCUUUUGUGGAAGCAUGUGAAAAUACAAGCAUACCUGGAGUUUAUAUGCGUCUGUCUGAAGAAUAUACUGACUGGAUAAAAAGAACGACUUCCAGUUAUACAGAUCCAUGA